AUGGCUCUCAUGCCACGGCCGUCCCUACGCGGCUCUGUGCGACAGACACCCGACGAGCACUUCGACGACCAUCUCACACCACCGGCCAAGAAACAGCGCACUCUAUGGGAGACUGGCUUGCGCCGCCGCAAGAGUUCUCCUGACUGUCUCGAUACGACGCAGAAUGAGGCCCUGAGUGCCGACGCGCGACACGCCAACCCUCCCUCGAAGGCCGCGCGACCGAAGACAGCCAACCGUCGCACUCGCGGAGCCUCCGCCUCCUCCAUCGAUACGGCAAUGGCGCCGUCAAGGCCCCCCCGCGCGCCCGACCGAGAUAACCCCUCCGGAAAAGCCUCUGCAGAUUUGCUACGCGGCGCUCGCGAAUCCCCCAACCCAUUGGACACCAUUUCAUCAACAGCGAGUAGAAAUACCGUCAAGUCGCGUUUACGAUCGUCCUCUGGCGCUGCUGAGGCAGAGAAAAAGCUCAAUCAUUCCCCUAUUACGACGCGCACCACUCAACACACAGAACAUGAGGCGCAGGUAGCCAAUACAGUCAAGUUAGAGCAGCAGCAUGCAGCAGAAAACAAUUCAACCGAUCUAACUCGGUCGCAGCCAACUUGUAACAGCGAUACUGUCGAGAGCGAACAGCCUGACCAUGCACCGACAGCAGAUGGCAGGCGUUCGUUGCGCUCGGCAGAUACUGGAUCGCGAUGUAAGAGUGAGCUUGCGCAAUACUUUUACAACUAUGAGCAGAUUAUCAGCCUCGAGGCCCCCAAGACUGAAGUGCUUGGUGCGACCACUACUAUCACUCUCAUAAACAACCUGUCUGAACCCUUACCAAUGGCAUCUACGCCGAACCCUACACCAUUUGGCAAUCCUCUCGAGAAACUCUACAAUUGUGAGGUUAUAAAACUGCCGUCGCCGUCAUCGAAGUCGACCGGCAAAGACCCUCUGAGCGAGGAGCUUUACUUCCGCGCCCAUCGCAAAUUCGAGCGCCAGGAGAAACAGCUCCGAAACAUCGAGCGAGACCGCGCUCAGCACAAAGAGCAACAAAUCGAACAGCUCCUCGAAGACCUCCGCGGCCACGACUGGCUGCGCGUGAUGGGCCUCCCAGGAGUCCAUGAAAGCGAGAAAAAGCUCUACGAACCCAAGCGCCAAAUUCUCAUCCAAGAAUUGGUCGCAUUAGUUAAUAAAUUCCAAGCCUGGCGAGACGAAGAACGACGACGCAAACUUGCCAAAGAGAAACCACUCUCAAGCGAGGAAGCUGACCGACGCUCUCGGAAGCGCUCAAGGCCAGCCGAGGACCACGACGCAGAUAGUUCCUCCCUCCCCGAAACACCCAGCACACCCGACAUCAACGACGUCGACGCACUCGCAGCACAUCAGCUCCACCAAGAAGCUCGCUCUGCAUCAGAUGCCAAACGCCGCAAAUCAGUCUCAGAACCUCGCAAGCCUAAACGUCCAGAGGCAGACGAAACCCCGUCCAAUGAUAAGGGUACCGCGAAACGCCCAAAGCCUCACCCCUCCAUGCCUUCCAUUCCGGCCCCUUACUACUAUCACGUUCCCGACAAACCAUUCACAUCAUUCUUCCAAGACCGGCACGCACGCGACGUCGCCGUCGCCGCUGCUACCGGCAAUCGUCGUGGUCGCGCAAACAAUGUCCUCGCAUUCGGCCAACCAAUUCCGGAGGUUGAAGCGGGUGAAUUCGAGCCUGAUCCCGAAUUACUCACUGAUGAGGCGAUUCAGGCUUCGCGGAGACAAAGGCGUCGAUUAAAAAGGCGAAGCGCGGCCUGA